UCCUCCUCUUUCUCUUUACUUGACUCCGGCUGACACGCCACAGCAACAGUUUUCCCCACAUAUCAAAAACGGUGCCUAUUUCUCGCAGCGUUUUGUUCCAGAGAUAUCCGAGGAAAGCUAGCAAAGACGAUGUUGAGGCGAAGGCCUUCAAACGCCUCGGAGAAGGAGCAGGGUCAGGGUCAGAAGAAGAAGCUCACCUUGCAGAGGUCCAGCAGCUUCAAAGGUUUCAUGUCACCCAAAACCCCUCCUGUCGUGUCAGAGAAGGAGUUCACCUUGGAAGAACAUGAGGCAGAUGUUGGGACAGAUGAGGCAGUGAAAAGCACCAGCAAGUUGGGGAAGAAAUGGCGAAAUGUCAUCUCUCGUACGAUGACCCGCAAGACAUCCAAGAUGGUGCAGAAGGCUCUGGCUGAGGAGGGGGGGGAGAGUGGUGAGGAUCUGUCUCCCGUCUCCGCUGACUGGCUUCCAGAUCUGACUGCAGGACAAAGGACGUCUGUGUGCUCCACGGGCUCGGAGGACACCAUGCCCAGCCCCAUCACCCGCCAGCUAUCUGGCAGCAGUGACAGACAGAGCCUGGACAGCGGCUACUGCCAGAGGGACAGCAUGAGACUGGAGGACAAUGGCGUCCCUUACAACGGGCCAUUCUGCGGUCGUGCCCUGGUCCACACAGACUUCACCCCCAGCCCCUAUGACAUCGAUUCUCUGAAACUGCAAAAAGGAGACAUUAUCCAUAUUAUCGACAAACCUCCUGUGGGCACCUGGACAGGGAAACUCAACAACAACAAGGUGGGCUCCUUCAAGUUCAUCUACGUCAAUCUACUCCCUGAUGAGACUGAGAGCCCCCCAACCAGGACGAAGCACAGACAACGCAAUAGCCGGCGAGCCAAAUCCAGGCCCAAAACCCUGGAGGAAGUCCUGGACGGCAUCGGGCUGACGGAGCUCAGUCCUUUACUGUCCAUGCACGGUUUCCAGAGCCUGGAGGACUUUGCAGGACUAAAGGAGUCCCACUUGAAUGAGCUGAACAUCAUGGACCCAGAGCAGCGCUCCAAGAUCCUGAACACCACUGACCAGCUCAGAGAAUCUGAAGAAGAGUCCGAGCCAGAGGAAGAAGAAGAUGAGGAGGCCCGAUCCGUGGAAGAUGCCAAGGAGCCACGGGACUCAGGCUGCUUUGAGAGCUCAGAGAACCUGGAGAGCGGGCGCGAGGAGCCAAAGACGGAGGACGAGACUAACGAUGAAACUGAGAAACACGAGCAGGAGUCAGAGGAGUCAAAGGAGACCCCGACAGAGCAGCUGGAGGCUGUAGAGGAGCAGCUGCAGGAGCUGACAGUGGACGAAGAACCCUGAGGGACAACUGAAAAUGACCCUGCCUUCCCAGUUUACCGGGCCAAUGUGGAUGCAAGUUUAAUGUCAUUAAAAUCUCUCUUUAUGGAAAGAGAAUGGACUGUCGACAGUUUGAGGCUGAAAUACUGAAGAAAGAGAACGUCCUCCAUUUCUGCUUUCACUGUUGUGCGAGGAGCAAAACUUUUGACCGGCUGUUACAGCUGCUUUGCUACAUCUCUUGUUAAAAAGUAAUAAGUAAGUAGAUAUGUUGCUUCUCUUUAAGGUGUCAUGUAAGGUGUCUGAUCAUAACAGCACGACUUCCUGUUGUUUUUUUGUCCUCCUCAGGCAGUUUUCAUGCCAUGUCGCUGAGUAUGAGAUGUAAAAUAUGUUCAUGUUCAACAUGUAAUUUGGUUAAAGCUGUGUCACAUUGAUGUUUGUGGCAUGUUAUCAUGAGGAAAUGCUGUAAAUACAAACUAAAUAAACAUCACUGACAAUGCAGCUCAUAAUUA